AUGUUAAAUCUAAAAGCCACUUUAGUUUGUAUGUAUAUACAAUUGGUGACUACUAUAUCCAUAAUCCAUCCAUCAGUUCCUUUUAUCCUUGUUGAUGGAAGAAAAUGGCGACAAUCUUAUGAUCUAAGAGUAAAAUUGGUUGGGUCAAAGCAUCCUUUAGCUCUUACAACUGUAUACCACAAUCUGCAGCCUAUAAACUAA